CAUCACAUCACAUCACAUCAGAAUCAGCCUGAGAAGUCGGGACUGUCCAAGAAAACCUGACACAGACCAGUCUGGACCUGGACUGAUCUGCUUCAUAUAAAGUCACCAGACGGUCGGCAAAGUCUUCUUCGCGUGUGAAGAAUGGAUAAGCACAAAGUGCUGGAGCAGCUGUUGGAGCAGCUGCAGAGGUUCCUGAAGAUCCUGGAUGGAGAGAAGCUGAGUGGAAAUGCCACAGUGCAGAAGGGCCUUCUGAUGGAGCUGCUGCAGUCGUACAAGUCUUCCGAUGGAGGAGAUGAAGAAUACAUCUACAUGAACAAGGUCAUCGUCACAUGUCAAAACCAAGACAAAACAUACAGAGACUACAGACCAGAAGCCAAUGGAGAACCAUGUAAACACAUCACUGUGAAGAACCCACCAGAGCCUCCACCUCCCAGACCAUGCAACAUGGGAAGGGAGCCGUUUCCUCUUCCACCACCUCCUGCUGCUGCGUGUAUAGAGACUGAAAGUUACUAUGAAGAUCCACAACCGUAUGAUCCUAUUAGCAUCAAUGAAGAUACAGAACCAGUGAGCAGUUCGUACGAGUCCUAUGAUGAGGAAGAAGUGACGAAGGGUAAGUCCACUGCGCAGCACCAGUGGCCGUCUCCUGAGGCAUCCAUCGAGCUAAUGAAAGAUGCACGCAUCUGUGCCUUCCUCUGGAGGAAGAAGUGGCUCGGCCAGUGGGCUAAACAGCUGUGUGUCAUCCGCGAACAUCGUCUCUUGUGCUACAAAAGCUCAAAGGAUCAGACUCCACUGCUGGAUAUCAGUCUGCUGGGCUGCAGUGUUGUCUACAAAGAGAAACAAACUAAGAGGAAAGAGCACAAGCUAAAAAUAACCCCACUGGGUGGAGAAGCCAUCGUCCUGGGACUGCAGAGCAAAGAGCAGGCUGAACAAUGGCUAAAGGUUAUUCAAGAAAUUAGUCCGAAGAAUACUGCAGGAUCUGCUGAUGUAACUGACUCUCCAACACUCAUCUGUACUAAGGGUGAGCAAAGCGAGAGAUAUUCAGUGGCGUCUGAGAGUGGCAGCAGCACAGACAGUCACGCAGAGAACCUGGAGAACAAAGAUGUUAAGAAGAAAUACGGCAAGUUUAGUAACCUUAUGAACAUUGGAAAAAAGAAGGUUUCCUCUUUGGAAAAUCCGGAGAAGACUGUGGAUACGUCAGGCUACCUAAAUGUCCUGGUGAACACUCAGUGGAAAAGCAGGUGGUGCUCAGUGAGGGACAGGCAACUUUGGAUCUACAACGACAAAAGCAAGAGCAAAGCGUCCCAGCAGCCAGUGGCUCUGGAGGGGUGCAUGGUCCUGCCAGACCCCAGCCCUGAGCACCUGUACUCAUUCCGCAUCCAAAUGCAUGGUGAGGAGCUCGCAACCAUAGAAACUAAGUCCUCUGCUGAUAUGGGCCACUGGCUAGGGCUCAUACUGUCACAGACAGGCACCAAAACAGACCCAGAAGAUCUCACCUACGACUAUGUGAACUCUGAGAGAAUAUCCAGUAUUGUCAAUGCUGCCAAGACAUCCAUGUAUCUAAUGCAGAGGAGGUACUCGGAGCCCAACACAUACACAGACAGCCCUCCGUCAGACCCUCAUACCUGUGAUGACAUAUACGAUGAUGUACCAUCCACAGAGAACGAACAGGAGGAGGUUCAAGAGGUUCAGAAUGACAGCGAGGAGGGAACAGCAAGCGGCGAGGAGAACGGGAAGGACAGAGUGUAUCUGGAUCUGAUCCCGGUUCGCUCCUUCCUGCACACGAGCUCGGGCAGAGUGUCACCUCAGACGUCCAACACCGCACAGACAGAGCUCAGUCCCUCAGCUGCUCCCCAGGAUGAUCAGCUACACCCUAAAGAGAAUGAAACAAAUGAAACCUCAUUACCAAGCAGCACAGAGAACCUCGAUCCUCCACCUGUUGCUCCUAGAGUGGACACAGACCCCUCUCCAGCCCCCAAUCUGCACGUCCAGACUCAAAGAAUCAGUUUCCUCAGUCAGGAAAGCCAAAAGAGGGCCUCUCCCACCUCGAUGCCAUCCCAAACCCAAACCCUACCCCAUACAUCUGCACAGACGCCCCAGAGUCCACCUACCUCCAGAGGAAGAGCCGCCAGCACAGAUAGAUUUCUCGAUAAACUCAAAUUCUCCCCAGCAGCAGGCCCGGGGUCGGUUGAGGUGAAAUUAGGGAAGAACAGGACGGAAGCCGACGUGCGACGUUACACCGACGAGCGAGACCGGCUGGAACGAGAGAGGGAGGAGGUUAAAAACACUCUGGCCACACUGAGGAAAGACAGACGAGAGGUGAAAGAGGAGCUGAGCUCCUGCCAAGACCCUACUCAGCAGGCCUCUCUGGAGGCUCGUCUGAAGCAGAUGGAGGAGACGUGUCGUGAGGCGGAGCGUCGGCGAGUGGAGGUGGAGCUUAGCCUGAUGGAGGUGAAGGAGAAUUUGAGAAAAGUGGAAGCUGGACCCUUUACACUGGGCACCACGGUAGAUAGCAGUCUACUGGAAACUUCAACGCCCAAGAUGGCACCAGUAUCCAGCCCUGCUCCAAAUACACCCACCAACACCACUAACAAUGGAGAUUCACCUGUCAACUCCGCCACAGCGCUGAAGAACAGACCCCUGUCCAUCAUGGCAUCCGGCAAAGGAAACGUUCUGCAGAAGGCCAAGGAGUGGGAGAAAAAAUCCACAACCUAGUGGAAGGGAACAGACAGCACAAAUUGACUUUUUAGCCAAAGCUCAAAGGACUGCUAAGGCAAAUGCUUCAAGCAGGGAGGGAGAGAAAGAGAGGGUGUGUCCAAUGACCUGCAGGCUCCGCCUCUCUAACACAUCACCCUCCACUCUACCCUGCUUCUCUGCAUUCAGAGGCUGAGAUGGUACUGGGUACAUGCAAGCAGCUGAUCCAAGACAAUAUUUUCUGUUCCCUGCCAAAUAACGCCACUGGGCGACAAUCGAUUUUAAAUCUAUUCAAAUCAAUUUUAUGUAAGAGAAAGGAAGGGAAUAACUGAAAUAACUUCCAGUGGUGUGCACAUUAUUUGAUGGAUGUUUCACAAGCUUGAGAAGAGACCAAAAAGCAGUUAGGCGAGCUUCGAGAACCACUAUUUUUAGAUUGAAACAUUUAGAUUCAAAAAUUCAUAAAUCAGCUAUUCUGGUACAUUGUAGCUUGGUUCAUGUAUGCUGGUAACCAAGAUGUGAAUAUAUAUUACAUAUCCGUUCAGUGUUUUUGAUUUGUUACUGUACGCUAGCUGAAACAUGCACUUUUUAUUCAAAUAAAAGUUUGUACUGACAACAAUUCAUAUUU